CUCGCGCCCUGUUUUGGACGAAUAUUUUUUCUUUUCACAACCCACAUCCCGCACCACCUGGCAGCUCUGUUUCUCGAAGACCAACCGACUGGAGUGAAGACAAACGAGAAAGAGAAAGGAAAACCAAAGGCAAAUCGGAAGAAAGAACAACCACGCCAUCUCAUCGCCACAGCCACUGAACACACCGACUACCUCGCGCCAACAGCCAUAGCCAUCGCCCGCGUAAACCACCUGCACGCGGGACUUCUACCCACCGCCGAACUCAACGGCCUGUUCCGAACUUGAUAUACCAGACAGGAGCCCGCUAUCAGCCCGGAGGCGCGUGAAGCCUCACUCUCGCACAUUCACACCAGACCGGAGCCGACUCGGCUGCAGACCUUCGAAGGAUAACAAUGGCGGGCUACGCUGGCAGGCGGGGAGCGCCAAACGUUUCCCAAUAUCUCCGCGAGCUCACCAACAUCCAACCGGUGACCCCGGCGGCGACAACAGGCCCGGAGGAGGGAUUCAGCAUCGACGACGAUCUUGUCAUGUUCACAAACACGCAGUUCUUUGACUUUGAGACGGGUCAGAACACCGACUACCAAUCGCACCCGGCAAAGCCUGAGAGCGAGCCUACACGAUCUGAGCUGCUGUCAAACUCGGCUUCAGCUUCGACGACAACCGUGGACGACUUCAGCACCCUUGAUUUCAUGUCAGGCGACUUUAACUUCCCAGACUUUGGCGCGGCUUACACAUCGCCGACGCUACAAACCUACUCGGACAACAUAAACGGUCUUCAGCCCCUCCAAACCGGCGCGCAGUCAAUAUAUCCUGUACCUCCAACACACCGCUCGCAGCAGCAAAAUGGCUACACGCCGGCCCCACGCCAGAGACCUACUCCUGCCAAGGCCUCCUCGCCCGAGUCUUCCGUCAGUCCCAACCGUCCGGUGAGCUUCGAGGAUGCUUCGCGGCUAGCAGCCGAGGAAGACAAGCGGAAACGCAAUACGGCUGCGAGCGCACGCUUCCGCAUCAAGAAGAAGCAGCGCGAGCAGGCUCUCGAGAAAAGCGCCAAGGAAAUGAACGACAAGGUGGCGACGCUCGAGAGCCGCAUCUCGCAGCUUGAGACGGAGAACAAGUGGCUCAAGAAUCUCAUAAUGGAGAAGAACGACGGCAACGAGGAUAUUGCGAAGCUCUGGAAAGACUUCAGCGCCAAGCACAAGGCCGGCCUCAAAGGCGACGGGGGCAAGGCUGCUGCCAAGAAGCCCGUGCCCGCCUCUCCAGAGGAGCACGAGGGCGGCGAGAUGACGGGCUGACGACGGCUGUCUUGAUAGACUAUUUCUUCAAACCGUUUACGUUUUCUUGGUCUAAUGUUUUCUAUUUUCUGUCGUCUCCAGCAUGCAUGCUUAGGCUCGGUUAUUUUGGACUAUCAUCUGCAUUUUUUUUUUUUUGGUUCAAGAGAUAUAUCAGGCGUUCUGCACCCUCGAGAGCAGAGGCAGGGCACUCGGGUCGGAGGCCGGUUAUUUUCCAUUGUUUUUCAUAGUAUGAUUCAUCGUUCCUGGGCAUAGGAUGUGUCUGUGCCCUGUUGCUCUCUGCUUACUGAAGCACGGCAGAUGUGCAAAGGUGUACCGUCAUGGCCUAACGUCGAUAUGUGGUGCUGCAUGACAGCCUGGGUUGUGGUGGAUAUGAGCGUUCGGCAUUGCGGAGCAAAGGGCAAAGGUGUGUUUUUUCUCAUCACCUAGGAAAAUACGGGUUGUGUAGGUGCUUACACUUUGGGAUGGUGAUGGGUGGGUGUUACUGAUGCUAGGGCGGCGAUGUUGGCGGGUUAUUGUUAUUUCUUUUGUAUAUAUAUACCCUCAAUAUUGCACAAACGACGUGUAUUGCCUGGAUACUCUGAUGUGGUAUCUUGGGCUGUUACUAUUCCAAGUCAAACGCUACGAGAACGACUCUACUGAGACGUCCUGUCCGAUGAUAAACGCAUCACUCUUGGGGUUGGUUCUCAACCUCGUCAAAAAGAGGGCUCGAUUUACUAUUUCGGCUUUGCCUACGAAGUUGGUAUUCAUGAACAUACAUGGGAAGGACUCUUUCCUCCGCCAAAGGAGUGCAUGGUUUUUUUUUUUUUUUUUGCUU